UAAUAUCGCAGAAGCAGCUACACUCUUGAGUGAAUAUAUAAAGUCAAGCUGUAGUCAAGUUUUUUGCUCAUGUAAUCUUGCCUACUUACUUUGAAUUAUGACAGAAUUGGCUGUAAACACUCGAUGGAUUUUUGCUGUUGUGAAACUUUCUCUGCUGUAUGCAGUUUUGCUCCAGGACCACUUUUGUGAAGCUUCAUGCAUCAAUACAGGAACCAGGAUAAAAAACAUACUGUUUAUUUCUCCUCAAAAUCUUUCCGUCAGUACUACUUUCCCAACAGAUGCUGUCUAUAUAAAUAAAAGUGGAAAAAGGCUGUGUUUCAACCUCCAGGAAAAUAAAACAGGUUGUUGUUCAAGUGAAGAUUUCGACUGCAGUCCCAAAAUAAGUUUGGCUGAUAACUGUUACAAUCUAACACUGACUGAAACAGCAUUAUGCAACCAAGAUGUUAUUGUGCUACAGAACCCAACAUAUAAUUUUUCAUGUAUGCCAUCAACGUUCUACAAGUCACAAGGUUUAAUGCUGAACAUUCACAACUGCUUAAAAAUGGGUGGACCGACCAUCAGACUUAGCCAGGGUCAUCUGUUUGGAAAUUCAACAUUAUGUGGAGAUUCAUGGAUCAAUUCUUGUCAAAACAACAAGGAAACUACUACUGCAUCGUGGAGCACCCUAAGCAGUUUGGCUUCUCUAACAACUAAUGUGACAUUGCCACCUAAAGGCAAAAGCACUUCAACAGGGACUGUACAGACAGAAAGACCACAAACAACACUAAAUUUCAGUACUUCAAACAGAUCUGUUUUUCCAACAAGAAAUUUGGUAAGUUGGCCUAUGUCAAAAGCACUUCAUCAAGGACUACACUGUCAGAAAGUCUAAAAAACAAGCCCCAAUUUCAGCCACUUAAGCAGUUAUUUUGCUCAAAAAAGUAAUUUGAUGUCACAAACUACAAAGAAAAGCACUUCAUCAGGUGCAACAGACCAAGAUUCAUUGUUUACAACCCCUAAUUUCAGCCCUGCAAUCAAUUCCGCUCCUCAAACAAGUGACUCAAAAAUGACUAAAAACAGCACAUCAGUGGGGAAUACUGACAAAAAUGGUUUGGCGACAAGCCCAAAUUUAAGCGGCUAAAGGAGUUCUGCUACUCAAACAAAUUAUUUGACUUCAAAAAAUACAAAGUACAGUACUUCACUAGGGACUUCAGACCAAAAUGGUUUCUCAACAAGCCCAACUUUCAACAGCUCCAGUAGUUCUGCUUCUCAAACAAGUUAUUUGACUUUGCCAACUGGAAGCACUUCAACAAGUGCAACACAACAAGAUGGUUAUACAAGCCAAAAUAUCAGCACCUCCAACAAAUCCGUUUCUCCAACAAGUAAUAAGGUUUACAAUGGUACAAAUGACACCACUUCAUCAGGCACUGCAAGUCAAUAUACUUUGUUUACAACUUCAAACUCAAACAGUUCUGCUUCUCAGGAAAAUUAUUUGACGUCACCACCUUCAAAUGAAAACACUUCAUCAGGAACAACAAAUGCAGAUCAUUUGUUUACAACCUCCAAUUUCAGUGACUCAAGAAGUUCUGUGUCACAAAAAUAUUUGGUAAGACAUCAUCACACAAAUAACAGCAUUUCAUUGGGGGCUGCACAGUCAGAAAGUCAAACACCAAACUCCAAUAUCAGCAACGUUAGCACUUCUUUUGCUCCAACAAGUCUCUUGCCUCCCAAAAGUACAGGCAACAGCACUUUUCCAAGACCAACAGACAAUGAAAGUUUGCUAAACUCAAAUUUAAACUCAUCAAGCAGCUCAGUUUCUCAAACAGGUUACUUGACGUCACACCCUACAAAUGAAAGCAGUUCAUCAAGUGCAGCAAAUCAAGAAAGUGGUUUGUCUACAAGCCCAACUUUCAACAACUCCAGUAGUUCUGCUUCUCAAACAAGUUAUUUGACGUUGCCAACUGGAAGCACUUCAACAAGUGCAACACAACAAGAUGGUUAUACAAGCCAAAAUAUCAGCACCUCCAACAAAUCCGUUUCUCCAACAAGUAAUAAGGUUUACAAUGGUACAAAUGACACCACUUCAUCAGGCACUGCAAGUCAAUAUACUUUGUUUACAACUUCAAACUCAAACAGUUCUGCUUCUCAGGAAAGUUAUUUGACGUCACCAACUUCAAAUAAAAACACUUCAUCAGGAACAACAAAUGCAGAUCAUUUGUUUACAACCUCCAAUUUCAUUGACUCAAGAAGUUCUGUGUCACAAAAAUAUUUGACAUCAUCACCUACAAAUAACAGCAUUUCAUUGGGGGCUGCACAGUCAGAAAGUCAAACACCAAACUCCAAUAUCAGCAACUUUAGCACUUCUUUUGCUCCAACAAGUCUCUUGCCUCCCAAAAAUACAGACAACAUCACUUUUCCAAGACCAACAGACAAUGAAAGUUUGCUAAACUCAAAUUUAAACUCAUCAAGCAGCUCAGUUUCUCAAAUAGGAUUCUUGACGUCACACCCUACAAAUGAAAGCAGUUCAUCAGGUGCAGCAAACCAAGAAACUUUGUUUACAACCCCAAAUUUUACCAAUGACAGCAGGUCCGAUUCUCAAACAAGAAAUGAGAGUUCAAGAACAUCAAAAAACAUGACUUCAUCAGAGACUUCACACCACAAUAAUUUGUCUACAAGCCAGACUGUCAGUAGCUCGAGCAGUUCUGGUCUUCAAACUGUUUAUUUGGCUUCAGAAAGUACAAAGACCAUCAAUUCAUCAGGGAAUACAGACCAAAGUGUUUUGUCUACAAGCCCAACUUUCAACAACUCCAGUAGUUCUGCUUCUCAAACAAGUUAUUUGACGUUGCCACCUGGAAGCACUUCAACAAGUGCAACACAACAAGAUGGUUAUACAAGCCAAAAUAUCAGCACCUCCAACAAAUCCGUUUCUCCAACAAGUAAUAAGGUUUACAAUGGUACAAAUGAUACCACUUCAUCAGGCAGUGCAAGUCAAUAUACUUUGUUUACAACUUCAAACUCAAACAGUUCUGCUUCUCAGGAAAGUUAUUUGACGUCACCACCUUCAAUUGAAAACACUUCAUCAGGAACAACAAAUGCAGAUCAUUUGUUUACAACCUCCAAUUUCAGUGACUCAAGAAGUUCUGUGUCACAAAAAUAUUUGACAUCAUCACCUACAAAUAACAGCAUUUCAUUGGGGGCUGCACAGUCAGAAAGUCAAACACCAAACUCCAAUAUCAGCAACUUUAGCACUUCUUUUGCUCCAACAAGUCUCUUGGUAACCUCCCAAAAAUACAGACAACAUCAUUUUCCAAGACCAACAGACAAUGAAAGUUUGCUAAACUCAAAUUUAAACUCAUCAAGCAGCUCAGUUUCUCAAAUAGGAUUCUUGACGUCACACCCUACAAAUGAAAGCAGUUCAUCAGGUGCAGCAAACCAAGAAAGUGGUUUGUCUACAAGCCCAACUUUCAACAACUCCAGUAGUUCUGCUUCUCAAACAAGUUAUUUGAAGUUGCCAACUGGAAGCACUUCAACAAGUGCAACACAACAAGAUGGUUAUACAAGCCAAAAUAUCAGCACCUCCAACAAAUCCGUUUCUCCAACAAGUAAUAAGGUUUACAAUCCUACAAAUGACACCACUUCAUCAGGCACUGCAAGUCAAUAUACUUUGUUUACAACUUCACACUCAAACAGUUCUGCAUCUCAGGAAAGUUAUUUGACGUCACCACCUUCAAAUGAAAACACUUCAUCAGGAACAACAAAUGCAGAUCAUUUGUUUACAACCUCCAAUUUCAGUGACUCACAAAGUUCUGUGUCACAAAAAUAUUUGACAUCAUCACCUACAAAUAACAGCAUUUCAUUUGGGGCUGCACAGUCAGAAAGUCAAACACCAAACUCCAAUAUCAGCAACGUUAGCACUUCUUUUGCUCCAACAAGUCUCUUGCCUCCCAAAAGUACAGGCAACAGCACUUUUCCAAGACCAACAGACAAUGAAAGUUUGCUAAACUCAAAUUUAAACUCAUCAAGCAGCUCAGUUUCUCACAUAGGUUACUUGACGUCACACCCUACAAAUGAAAGCAGUUCAUCAGGUGCAGCAAAUCAAGAAAGUGUUUUGUCUACAAGCCCAACUUUCAACAACUCCAGUAGUUCUGCUUCUCAAACAAGUUAUUUGACGUCACACCCUACAAAUGAAAGCAGUUCAUCAGGUGCAGCAAACCAAGAAAGUGGUUUGUCUACAAGCCCAACUUUCAACAACUCCAGUAGUUCUGCUUCUCAAACAAGUUAUUUGAAGUUGCCAACUGGAAGCACUUCAACAAGUGCAACACAACAAGAUGGUUAUACAAGCCAAAAUAUCAGCACCUCCAACAAAUCCGUUUCUCCAACAAGUAAUAAGGUUUACAAUGGUACAAAUGAUACCACUUCAUCAGGCACUGCAAAUCAAUAUACUUUGUUUACAACUUCAAACUCAAACAGUUCUGCUUCUCAGGAAAGUUAUUUGACAUCAUCACCUUCAAAUGAAAACACUUCAUCAGGAACAACAAAUGCAGAUCAUUUGUUUACAACCUCCAAUUUCAGUGACUCAAGAAGUUCUGUGUCACAAAAAUAUUUGACAUCAUCACCUACAAAUAACAGCAUUUCAUUGGGGGCUGCACAGUCAGAAAGUCAAACACCAAACUCCAAUAUCAGCAACGUUAGCACUUCUUUUGCUCCAACAAGUCUCUUGACGUCACACCCUACAAAUGAAAGCAGUUCAUCAGGUGCAGCAAAUCAAGAAAGUGGUUUGUCUACAAGCCCAACUUUCAACAACUCCAGUAGUUCUGCUUCUCAAACAAGUUAUUUGACGUUGCCACCUGGAAGCACUUCAACAAGUGCAACACAACAAGAUGGUUAUACAAGCCAAAAUAUCAGCACCUCCAACAAAUCCAUUUCUCCAACAAGUAAUAAGGUUUACAAUCCUACAAAUGACACCACUUCAUCAGGCACUGCAAGUCAAUAUACUUUGUUUACAACUUCAAACUCAAACAGUUCUGCUUCUCAGGAAAGUUAUUUGACGUCACCACCUUCAAAUGAAAACACUUCAUCAGGAACAACAAAUGCAGAUCAUUUGUUUACAACCUCCAAUUUCAGUGACUCAAGAAGUUCUGUGUCACAAAAAUAUUUGACAUCAUCACCUACAAAUAACAGCAUUUCAUUGGGGGCUGCACAGUCAGAAAGUCAAACACCAAACUCCAAUAUCAGCAACUUUAGCACUUCUUUUGCUCCAACAAGUCUCUUGCCUCCCAAAAGUACAGGCAACAGCACUUUUCCAAGACCAACAGACAAUGAAAGUUUGCUAAACUCAAAUUUAAACUCAUCAAGCAGCUCAGUUUCUCAAAUAGGAUUCUUGACGUCACACCCUACAAAUGAAAGCAGUUCAUCAGGUGCAGCAAAUCAAGAAAGUGGUUUGUCUACAAGCCCAACUUUCAACAACUCCAGUAGUUCUGCUUCUCAAACAAGUUAUUUGAAGUUGCCAACUGGAAGCACUUCAACAAGUGCAACACAACAAGAUGGUUAUACAAGCCAAAAUAUCAGCACCUCCAACAAAUCCGUUUCUCCAACAAGUAAUAAGGUUUACAAUGGUACAAAUGAUACCACUUCAUCAGGCACUGCAAAUCAAUAUACUUUGUUUACAACUUCAAACUCAAACAGUUCUGCUUCUCAGGAAAGUUAUUUGACGUCAUCACCUUCAAAUGAAAACACUUCAUCAGGAACAACAAAUGCAGAUCAUUUGUUUACAACCUCCAAUUUCAGUGACUCAAGAAGUUCUGUGUCACAAAAAUAUUUGACAUCAUCAACUACAAAUAACAGCAUUUCAUUGGGGGCUGCACAGUCAGAAAGUCAAACACCAAACUCCAAUAUCAGCAACGUUAGCACUUCUUUUGCUCCAACAAGUCUCUUGACGUCACACCCUACAAAUGAAAGCAGUUCAUCAAGUGCAGCAAAUCAAGAAAGUGGUUUGUCUACAAGCCCAACUUUCAACAACUCCAGUAGUUCUGCUUCUCAAACAAGUUAUUUGACGUUGCCAACUGGAAGCACUUCAACAAGUGCAACACAACAAGAUGGUUAUACAAGCCAAAAUAUCAGCACCUCCAACAAAUCCGUUUCUCCAACAAGUAAUAAGGUUUACAAUCGUACAAAUGACACCACUUCAUCAGGCACUGCAAGUCAAUAUACUUUGUUUACAACUUCAAACUCAAACAGUUCUGCUUCUCAGGAAAGUUAUUUGACAUCAUCACCUUCAAAUGAAAACACUUCAUCAGGAACAACAAAUGCAGAUCAUUUGUUUACAACCUCCAAUUUCAGUGACUCAAGAAGUUCUGUGUCACAAAAAUAUUUGACAUCAUCAACUACAAAUAACAGCAUUUCAUUGGGGGCUGCACAGUCAGAAAGUCAAACACCAAACUCCAAUAUCAGCAACGUUAGCACUUCUUUUGCUCCAACUAGUCUCUUGCCUCCCAAAAAUACAGACAACAUCACUUUUCCAAGACCAACUGACAAUGAAAGUUUGCUAAACUCAAAUUUAAACUCAUCAAGCAGCUCAGUUUCUCAAAUAGGAUUCUUGACGUCACACCCUACAAAUGAAAGCAGUUCAUCAGGUGCAGCAAACCAAGAAAGUGGUUUGUCUACAAGCCCAACUUUCAACAACUCCAGUAGUUCUGCUUCUCAAACAAGUUAUUUGACGUCACACCCUACAAAUGAAAGCAGUUCAUCAGGUGCAGCAAACCAAGAAAGUGGUUUGUCUACAAGCCCAACUUUCAACAACUCCAGUAGUUCUGCUUCUCAAACAAGUUAUUUGAAGUUGCCAACUGGAAGCACUUCAACAAGUGCAACACAACAAGAUGGUUAUACAAGCCAAAAUAUCAGCACCUCCAACAAAUCCGUUUCUCCAACAAGUAAUAAGGUUUACAAUGGUACAAAUGAUACCAGAUCAUCGGGCACUGCAAAUCAAUAUACUUUGUUUACAACUUCAAACUCAAACAGUUCUGCUUCUCAGGAAAGUUAUUUGACGUCACCACCUUCAAAUACAGACCAAAGUGGUUUGUCUACAAGCCCAACUUUCAACAACUCCAGUAGUUCUGCUUCUCAAACAAGUUAUUUGGCUUCAGAAAGUACAAAGAGCAUCAAUUUAUCAGGGAAUAUAGACCAAAGUGUUUUGUCUACAAGCUCAACUUUCAACAGCUCCAGUAGUUACUCUCCUCAAACAAGUUAUUUGACAUUGUCACCAACAAACAACAGCACUUCAUCAGAUACUGCACAGUCUGAAAGUGCAGCCCAUAAUUUCAACACCUCAAGCAGUUUGGUUUCUCAAACAAUCAAUCUGGCCUCCCAAAGUACAAACAACACUUCUUCAGGGACUAAGGAGGAAAAGGUUGCAUCUACACACUCAACUUUCAGCAAUUCAGGCAGUUCUGUUUCUCAAACAAGUAUUGUGAAAUCGACACCUACGAACAACAGCACUUCGUCAGGGCCUGCACAGUCAUUAAGUUCAACAACACCACUGAGUAUUAGUAACUUAACCAGUUCUUUUUCUAAAACAAGUAAUGUGACUUCCAAACGUACAAUCGACAGCUCUUCAUCUGGAUCUGCACAGCCAAAAAUUCCUUUUACAGCCCCAUCUUUCAGCAGCUCAAGCAAUAUUGCUUCUCAAACAAGUUUUGCAACCUCUCAACCUGCAACAUCAAGGACUACAACAUCAAGCCCAACUUCUACUUUGACCUCUCAACCUGCAACAUUGGGGACUACAACAUCAAGCCCAACUACUGCUGCAUCAAGCACUACCACUUCUUCAACAAUUCCACCCAUGGUGUUAGAUAAUAACCCAAAGUUAAAUUCUGUAAAACAGAAUCAAACUGACAACACUGAGAAUGCAGCAAAUAUCAUGAGAGAAAGUAAUAUCAUUGUAGGGUUAAUGGGCAAUAGGACCACAGCCAGCAUCGUAAUUGGUAAAAGUAAAGGAGUGUUUGCUAAACUGACACAACAAAAUCAGACAAACAAGAACUUUGUCUUCACAUCAACUGGAGAUGUAAAGAUUUCAGAAAGCAACAAUUUGGCAACAGAAUACACUCUAUCAGUUCAUCUUCCUAAAGAAGCCAGUGAAAUGGCCGUAAAGAAAAAUGGCUCCUAUAUUGGAAUCUUGCUUUUUCCUGAAAUUCCCAAGAUCAACGCAACAAGUUCUUUUUUUAAUAAUCAAAUCCUGGGGAUUGAGAUGGGAGUGAACAUAUCAAACCUUUCAGAGACCAUCAAUAUUCAGUUCCAUAAUGUGAAUAUGACUGGAUUGAGUGUUUCUUGCGUAUCAUGGGAUGGGAGAAGUAACCAGCCAGGAGGCGCACACAACUGGAUCACAGAUGGCUGCAAAACAAUUAAAGUCAACAGCAGCGUCACAUGCCAAUGUUCUCACCUUACCUUCUUUGCUAUUCUUAUGUCAUCAGGGAAUAAAAAUAUUAGUUCUUCUGACUUGAAAACCCUGACCCAAAUCACAAAAGCUGGCUGUGGCAUAUCCUUGUUCUUCCUGGGUGUGGCUCUCUUCAUGCAUUUUCUCGUGAGGAAAAAUAAAGCCAGUGAGGCUGUAAAGAUCCUCAUGAAUCUCUUCGUCGCCUUGUUCCUCCUGAACCUUUGCUUCUUGGUAAAUGAGACGAUUGCUAAUCUGAAGGUCUCAGCAGCUUGUGUGGCGAUGGCAGCGGCUCUGCACUACAGCAUGCUGGCCACAUUCACAUGGUUCUUCAUACAGGCCUUGCACCUGUACUUCAAUCUACACCAGAUCUCCACAGACAUCAAGUACUAUAUGUGCAAGAUUUGCAGUGCAGGAUGGGUCAUUCCCGCUCUGCUUGUGAUUGGACUUCUUGCCUCUAGUAACUAUGGUACUGUGGAAAUUUCUGAUAAUAAUGGGACUUCAGUAAAAAUGUGUUGGAUCCCUGACUCUACAUUACACUUAGGAGUGAACAUUGGUUACUAUGGAAUCGUGUUCAUCUUCACUUUUACCAUAUUCAUUGUAACUGUAGUGCAGAUCACUAAAUUUGCAUCGAAAGCAGACAAGAAGGACACAAUCUCUACCAAGAAAAGGUUUUUCUCUCUUCUGGGUCUUUUCUGCCUUUUGGGAAUCAGCUGGGGAUUUGCCUUUUUCAGCUAUGGCCCUCUGCUCCUUCCCUCCUUCUACAUCUUUACCAUCAUCAACUCCUUUCAAGGAUUCUUCUUGUUCGUUUACUACUACUUCUCCAGCAGAAUUCAGCCAGAGGACAGAAAAGUAUCCGAGAGCAGCACCCGCGCUACAGAGAAUGUGUACAUCUCAUCUCCUUAUGCAUAAGCUAAUUCUUCAAUGUUUUGUUUCUCUCACCAAUGUGGAAAUGAAAAUGUGUUAUGGCAAAACUGAAAUCCAAUACCAAAAGUACUCCAAUUCAA